CACGUCUGCGGGUUCUCGCGCUGGAGCUGCGGUUUACGACGGUCCUGACGGCAGCGCCAGGAUAAUGUGGCGCAUGCGCACUGCACCAACAGUCAGUUCCCGCGGGUCCUCGGUGCUAACAGGUCGUCCUCCGGUGAGCCCGUUUAUCCGCCGGUGAGUCUCCGUUAGACCCACGGCCCAGUGAACAUAAAGCCCCGUGGAGUCACGGACAGCUGCUCCGAAGAGCAGCUACCUGCCCGCGGUGACACGUCUGGUGACACGUCCAAGCCGCUGAAGCUAACUGUUAGCCUGAAGCUAACUGUUAGCCUGAAGCUAACUGUAGCAUGAGCUGAAGCUUCAGACGCAGGAGGAAAAGGAGGACAUGGACGUGUCCUCGGUGUCAGACAGGAGAGGUCAGAGGUCAGCUCCUUUGUCUCUGGACGACUGUCGCUGCUCAGUUUGUCUGGAGAUCUUCAUAGAGCCAGUAACACUUCCCUGUUCACACACCUUCUGCAAGGCCUGUUUCCUGGAGACAGUGGACAAAGCCACUCUGUGCUGUCCGAUGUGUAGGAAGCGAGUUUCCACUUGGGCUCGUGUGAACAGCAGGAACAAGACGCUGGUCGAUGAGCAGCUGUGGCGUCGGAUCCAGACUCGCUUCCCUCGUCAGUGUGAGCGACGCCUGGCGGGUCAGGAGGAUGAGGACGACCCCGGAGUGUGUGUGUGUUCUCCCACAGUGAGUCGUCCUGGUGAACUGAGGCAGGAGUAUGAAGACCAGGUCAUUAAGCUGACAGAGGAGAAGCGGGUGAUGGAGGAGGAGGAGCUCAGAGCCAGUGAGCUUUACAUCCAGAGGCUGUUGGCUGAGGAGCAGCAGCUGCUGCAGGACGAGAGCAGGAGGCGAGAAGAGGACGAGCGAGUGGCCCGGUUGCUGAGCAACCAGCUGAACUCUGUUGCGGGUCCCCAGGAAGUGACUCCAGCCCAGAGGAAGAAGGAGGCCGUCUCCGGAUUCAUUGACAGGUUCUUUUGUCCUCGUCCGACUAAAACAUCACCGUCAGACUGUAGCCCCGCCUCCAGCUCAGCCUCCAGCAUCACUGAUAACAAGGAGAAUGUGGUCGUCAUGGAGGCGCGUCCGCACGUCCACCAGAGUCAGCUGAGCGCAGAUGGACGAACUCUUGUGACUAAAAGGAAGAGUUCAGAGCCGAGGACGACGACGGAGGAGGAGGAGGAGGUAAAGAUCGGCAAACGAUCUUGCCCCUCCUCGUCCUCUCUGGAGGCUGAGCUCUUGUCCCAACAUGGGGUGGCCCAGUGGGAGGCGGAGCUCUUGUCCCGACAGGGGGCGCCCCAGUGGGAGGUGGAGCUGCUGAGCAGACGACAGCAGGAGGAUGACGACCGACAACUCGCUCUGCUGCUGCAGAAGGAGCUCGACCACGAAGAGAAACAAAGAUCCACCGACAGACGCAAAGGAUCUGUAGACGCUUAUCUGCUCCGGCAGAACAAAGGAGGGAAGGUGGAGGUCAACAUCGACACUCCCAGCCCUGCCUCCUCCCCCAGCCCCGCUUCCUCCUCACCUGCGACACAGUCCUCCUCUAGCAGAGGACGGAGACAGACGACGCUGACAGAGAUGUUCUCUUGACGGAGACCUGCUGGUGUGAACGGACAGAAGUAUGUGGACGGCUUCAUUAUAUCCAUUCAUAUCAUUCAUAAAUGCUCCAUGACGUCUGGAGAGUUUGAACGUCUCAGACGAGUGGCUGACCAAUCAGAAAAGGGCUUUCUUUAGCACUGCGUUCAGGUCCUGUCGGACGACGGACACGUUUGGUGGUUAUGUUUUUUUUCUCAGUAAUGGUUUUGACUUGAUGUGAUAUGAUGCUGCGAGUUACACAUUCUCCUACAAGACCUGAACGCAUCAUCAUUUUGAGCAAGAUGAUCAUAUUGAUUAUGUAACGAUAACUUGAAGCGUGUUCACUUGAGACUGAUCCUGUCCUGAAGCAGAGGCCCUGCAGGGGUCGUGACCCAAGCCUGCGGAGGUCAUGAACCCAGUCAGAAUAAAAGGAGAUGUCUCUGUUUUCCAAUAAACAUAAAGUGAAAAUG